AUGGCGGCCACAGGGGGUGGGCCAUCGUCGGCAUUCAAGUCGCCAACGUUUGAUGAUAAUGUUGAGAUCAAGGUUGACGACGAUAUUGGCGCCGCAAGCAUAAGCCCAGCAGGUCGCGACGUGGUGCUCGCCAGCAAAAGUGGCCUCCGCAUCAUCGAUCUGGACAACAUCUGGUCUCUGCCCCUGUUUAUCCCGAACCAGUCUUCAUGGGACGUCGCAGAUGUACAAUGGUCCCCUUUUGCAGCACGCGCCGAGUGGAUCGCGUCGACGCGAAAUCAGCUUGCGCUUGUAUACAAUCUCUCCAUGCCUUACAACAACAACAAAGCACCCAUCGAAUACACCUUACGCGCACAUGAUAGGGCUAUAACAGACAUCAACUUUUCCGCACACCAUCCUGACCUCCUGGCAACUUGUGGCGUAGACAGCUUCGUCUUCGUACAUGAUCUUCGCAGCAGGCAAGCGCCAUUGAAGCUUGCCGACUACACAGCAGGAGCUACCCAAGUCAAAUGGAACCGCCAGAACGACAAGAUCAUUGCAAGUGCUCACGACAAAUACCUUCAUAUCUGGGAUACUCGUCACGGAGCGAACCCUCUUUCUACCAUCACCGCUCACACCACGAAGAUCUACGGCAUCGAUUGGAAUCGCAAUGACGCAAAUAAAAUUAUGACCUGUUCCCUCGACGCAACUAUCAAGUUUUGGAACAAUGUAGGCUUAAAAGACAACAUCACUGUCCCUCGCCGCGUCAUCCGCACUCAUUACCCUGUAUGGCGAGCGCGACACACGCCGUUUCCGCACGGUAUCCUCGCCAUGCCCCAACGCGGCAAUUCCUGUCUCUGGUUAUACAAGCACAUUAAUGAUAGCGACCCCUCGACUUUCACCAACAGUCACGCAAAUGUCUUCCAGCAGCACGAACCUGAUGCCCAAGUUCGCGAAUUCCUCUGGCGUACACGUGGCUCCACCGAUGACGGAUUCGAUAACCGCGAUUUUCAGCUAGUUUCUUGGGGUACUGACAGACGUCUCGUACUUCACAAGCUACCUUCUGAGGAUCUGGAGAAAUGGGUCGGCCACCGCAAAGGUGAUCCACUCGUGGACAAGCCCAGUACGACACGGAAAGGUGCUACGUACGUUUCCUAUCGGGAUGGGCCUAUACCUACCACUACUGCGACCACUCAGGAUGAAUUUGGCCCCCCUCGUGCUCAGCGCAAAGGUAACCUGUCAACUCUCUUACAGAACUACUCGCUCAACGAAGAGACUUAUACCCCGCGCUUCCAUGGCCAAACGCUUCCUCAGAUACAUCCUGAGACAGUUCCCCGAGAGACUAUGACUGCUCGGCCGAUUCGGCGCAAUGAUCCGCGCGUCGUUAACCACAUGAAAUGGAUCAACGGCGUCAAAUUUGGAGGUGAUCGCCACAACAAUGUCGACGAUCAAGCUCGGCCCAAUCAUUAUGAUCGCACUGAGAAGCAGCCAUUCCAAGAGCAGAACGACCUUGGUGCCGAGAUUUCUUAUGUAGGCAACAAAUACAAGAAGCUUGCUUUUGAAGAAAUCGAUGUUCCGGGACGCCGCAUCAAAGUUUCUUUCAACGGACCCUGGGGUGAUUGGGAUACCGCCACAAAUGAGCCUAAGCUUGUAUUCCUUCGGUUCACCAUCAAAUUCCCGGUCUCAUACCCCAAGGCCGUCGAAAAGCAACAAUCAGGUACCAUUGUUGGUAGGGCACCAACCCCACUGGACAUCGAAUCCGAGAGAACGACAGCGGCGAUCAGCAAGGACAACCAAGAGGAACUGAUCAACAACAUGCAUCGCAUUGCUGAAACCUGCGCAGAUCAACAGCGAGAGGCGCUGGAGGCAGUACUCUCGUAUGCGUUGGGUGAACGAGCACUAGACGAUAGCCUGGACCUGGCCGAAGAUGAUGACCCAUUAGGAGACCUUGGACCACUACCCGGAGAGAGCUCCAGCGAUGAUGAGGAUCACGAGGGCGAGUUCACUGAUGAUGUGAUGCAAUCAUCUCAUACUAAUGCUAAUAUCCCUCUGCCAAUACAGUGUACGGCGCGAUUCUCGGUAGAUGGAUCCCUUGUAGUCGCAAAGAUACCGACCACAAAGUCAAUGCCUGGCUCAGAAACAUUCAGGUUCCAAAUUACCAGGAGUCUUCGACAAGGUGUACUGAAGAAUGACAUCUUUGACUCGUUCGGCCGUUUCACUUCUCGACGUCCCGAGGCUUCCGACGGCGGAUCAUCGCCAACCUCAUCGGUCGGGUCGUGGGAAACAUCUUCCACCCCAUCAUCGUCAUCCGGUACCGAUCAUGCAGGGAAUGCGCACAUAGGAAAUUUUCAACCGCCACUGGCUUGGCAGAAGUCUGCAUCCCGAUUUCAGUCGCGGAACUCAUUACCAUCUUCGACCGGCGUAGGAAAGCAGGCAGUCAAGGCUAGAUCCACAGUGUCCAUACUCUUUUCGGCUACAGAGGAUCUAGUUCCCAGUAAGCGUGAGUUGGCAGAGGAAUACCGAAUAUUUGGACCUGGACCACUCAUAUGCGAGCACAACUCUGAGGUCGCUCGAAAGUACGGUUACGAUGACUUAGCUGAUAUUUGGAUCCUUUGCAAACUGAUUUUGAGUAACGAAGUGCCAUUGGAGAUCUUACCUCAGAAGUACCGGAGAGAUCAAGUCCUUGUGCUUGCCCGGAGAGCUCUUGUGAGGAUCAAACGCAAGGACAGUGGACUAGAUCUUCAGUUCGACGAGGCAGACACAGUGAAAAACCCUAGGCUUAGGGCACGUGUAAAAUGGGGCCACCACAUUGUUGUUACAUGGCUGAUACCUUCGCUCUUUGACCAUUUCGAACGUCUAGCAGAUACACAGAUGCUUGCUAUGCUGUCGUGUAUCUUCGCGGAACCUGCUGCUCGUGAAGGUGUGACCUCAGCAAUGGCUAAAUUGCGGCAGUCCCAGCUUCCUAUGUCCAUGGAGGCACCGGCCUUCUCCCUAGACUAUUUCUCCUCUGUGGACGCUGCGUGGAGUUUGUUCAAGCCUACGAUUUCUGUGCCGUCUACACCGUCACAUUCACGCUUUGCGACACCAGCCAACGGGUUUGCAUGGCAAAGAUUGGCAAAGAAUCUCGACACAUAUGGAAGUCAUGGAAGUUCCAAUGGUCCAUGGGGCAGCGAUCAUGUCAGCUCUGAUCCCGUCACACCAUACUCUACCGGUAACACCCCACCUGUCUUGUCCAGGGCGUCCACGACGAGAACUGCGCACACGACUAAUCACACACCAUACGGAACGUCGCCCGAGCAGAGCCAUACAGCCCACAAGAAAAGUUCAACAGCAAAUUUCGCAAGUGCCGUUGCUGCAUUGUCACGUCCCUUUGCAAACGCAAUCUCCUCUUCACCGCCAGUGAGAUCACGGAUGGAUGAUCUUUCCACGUCAGCACCCACCAGUGCUGUCACCUGGGGAACAACCACGUUCUAUGGUAGUGACUCCCACGACCAGAGCAACAUGUCAAGCUCACGUUCAAAACACGGCAAGCGAGCCAGUUUCGGACAAUCUGAACAAGUCAACGUCAACUACAUCGACGAUUCCGAUUCCGAAUAUGAGAGAGUCGAUGACGAUGGGGCUUACAUCACAACGGGUACAAGAGAGAAUACCGUGCCUGGCCCGCCUCGAGACGGCACAAGUACCAAAGGAUCCAUCAAAGUCACGCUCAAGAAUCAAGACCAGUUCGACGAUGAAGCAUGCUUCAGUCGUCCGCUAUUAGACACAAGCAAAGACUGGCUGCAUCGGGCAUGGCGUGAACAGUAUGCUGAGAUGCUCAGCCGUUGGGGCCUGGUCAGUGUACGCGCCGAAGUAUUGAAAUUCAACGGCCUCGUAUCGUACUUCCCAACUGAAACUCCUCGUGCCGUCCAAAAACAUGGCUCGGUGUCUCUCGCCCUCAAGCAGUCCGCAGAUGAAGACGGUGACGAGAAAGCGAUGAAGCACUUGUCGCAAGCCUCAUCUACGCUGGUGCCUCCAACUCCCACCACGACGCAAAUGAAGCGCUCACCUGGUCCAUCACCACGCCACUUCUCUUUCAACCCAGAAGCAAUGGAAUUUCAACCUGGAACAUUUGCCAACGGCCUACCGGAAGAGUUUGUACCGAACCCUGAUGCAUUUAUUCCUGCCGAGCAGUAUCUUCGUCUUUCGAUACCUGUUCCAACUCCGACAAGGGAGUUAGAUGAGAGUGUUGCCGGUCUUGGCACAUCACCUGGUCAAAGUAGACUGCAGCCACCUUCCAGUCGAGCGAGCAGGCCGAGCCUAUCGCGAGGCACAUCAAACGUCUCCGCCGGUUCAUCAUGGCGGGAUGGCCGUGAUGGCCGCUCGCGCACGAACCUCACCACUGCAUCUGCAAAAUAUACUAAAUCAGAACCUGUGUACAGCUGCAGCAUCUGCUGGAUCCGAGUUUCAGGUCUCUUCCACCUCUGCCCUUCAUGUGGACACGUCGCGCAUAUGGACUGCAUGGACGAUGAGAUUGGUAUGGACGACGGCGAAUGCGUAGUUGGUUGCGGGUGCGGUUGUGGCCUUGAGGAUGACGAUGAGCGCAGCAGAAUGGAGGCUUACAUUGAAGGAGUGCGCGCCGCGAAUGCUGCAGGUAUCGCAUGGGAAGAGGGCAGUGAGUGGUUGCCUAGUGGAACCACGACUCCUGCCCUGUAUGCUGAGAGUGCAUAUGGAGACUUCAUGACGGGCGGUGUCAGCAAAAUGGCAGGCACCGGCGAAGAGAAAAGGAAGGAGAGGUUAGGUGGACGCAGUAACGUCGUCAGCCCUACGCCCACGAAGACAAAAAAGAAGGGGAAGAAGAAAGUUAGGGCUUCGGGGUUGAGCUACUACUGA